GUGAGCAACAAGUAUGUGCUCCAAUCACUACAUCACAAACAAAUAAGAAAUGAUUGUAAAGUCAAGACAGCCAUGACAUGAUGUUCUUUACAAGUGUACGUACACUUUUGACCACCGCUGUACAUAAUCUGAGCUUUUUUUUUUUUGUCCCUUUGCUGUUGGUGUGUGUGUUUGUAUCGUUGCCAAACUUGUGUUGACAUGACUUUUGUAAAUGAGCGUCUAUUUUUGGAUGCAUCUUCAUCCCGACAUUCCCGUGUACAGCUCCUGGAGAAAUGUUUUGUCAUUUGAGGGGAGGUUUUUUUUCUUUUCUGAUGGAAUAAACUCAGGUGCCACUGAUCCCAGUGCUUUCUCGUCAUUGGCCCGCCCCGUGCUCCGCCUCCCCCCCCCACAGAUAGCGUGGUGUCGGAGCAGGUGGCGGACGGCUGGCUUGACGUUCACUUUGCAGCAGUCAAAUGGAGUCGGAGAAACAACUCCUGAUGGAGCGUCUGCCCCGUUCUCAGGACCAGCGCGAGUCGGACUCUGACGCGACUUCUUUGGACGACACGCGGGAGCUGGCGUGGACCUGCGGCGGCGAGCCGGACGUGACGUCGGCGAAGGAGAGCGCCGCGAGACGUACGGCCGGGAGGAAGCUCCUUGUUGCCUUGGCGAUCAGCCUCAUCUUCAUGAUCGGCGAAGUGGUCGGUGGGUAUGUUGCACACAGCCUGGCCAUCAUGACGGACGCCGCACACCUCCUGACUGACGUGGGCAGCAUCGGCGUGAGCGUCUUCUCUCUCUGGAUCUCAGGCCGCCCGCCCUCUCCCACCAUGACCUUCGGGUGGCAUCGAGCAGAGAUUCUGGGCAUGCUGCUCUCGCUGGUGUCCGUCUGGACCGUGACGGUGGCGCUGGUCCUGUCCGCCGUUCAGAGGAUCGCAGACGGCGGCGGCGGCUACGACAUUGACGGCGACGUGAUGCUGCUCACGUCAGGCUGCGCUGUGGCAGCUAACGUCCUCAUGGUGGUGAUCCUCCACCAGUCAGGCGUCGGUCACGGUCACGGUCACGGUCACGGGCACGACAACGCCAGCGUGAAGGCCGCCUUCAUCCACGCGCUGGGAGACCUGGUCCAGAGCCUCGGCGUCCUGCUGGCGGCCGCCGUCAUCCACGUGUGGCCUGAAUACAAAGCAGCAGACCCCGCCUGCACGCUGCUCUUCUCCCUGCUGGUGGUGUGCACCACCUUGCCCACCGCCAGGGACGUCUUCAGGGUGCUGAUGGAGGGUGCACCGCCCCACGUGGACCACGCCACCGUGCGAGACCUGCUGCUGUCUGUGCCGGGGGUGGUGUCGCUGCACGGCCUGCACGUGUGGAGCCUCAACAUCACGCACUGCUCGCUGGGCGUGCACCUGGCGGCAGAAGACGGUGUUGAUCCACACGUCAUCAUCACCACGGCAACUCAACUCCUGCGCUCGCAAUACCAUUUCACCUCCGUCACCAUCCAAGUGGAAGGCAGAAGUGUGGUGACACACCUGAUAGAAGAUAGUGUGGUGUAG